GCAACACUAGCGCUCAUAGUGUGGCGGGAAAGAACUAUUCCUCCCAUUAUCCCAUGAAACAUUCCCAAAUGUUUCAACUAUUGUGCAACAGAAAAUGUUUCACCCCGAAGAAUAAAAAUUUAUAUUCUUACGUAAAAAUCACAAAAAUAAACCAUGUUAAAUCGAUUUUGUGUGUAACUCCUUGCAAAAUUAGAUAAAAUACAUCUCAGUGGGUGCGCUAGAGGUGGAAGAUUUGCAAAAAAGUGCGUGUCAAUAGGAAAAAAGUGUAAUAGUGUGUAUUUGAGGUUAGGUUUUGUCAAUUAGAAAACGAAAACAAACCAAUUUGAGAUUGCAUUUGGGGGCACUUUCCGGGUGUGAUACCAAGCAUGCUGUUAACAUUCUACUACAUGGCAGCGACGUGGAUUCAGUCCUGGAGAUUGAGGUCCGUUUUCUCACGGAUAACAAGUAAAUUGACGGAGCACAUGAGUGUUGUCUUCUACAAUCUCCCAUCAGAGAUUAAUGAAGUGGCCAAUACUUCGGUGUCUUCAGAAUUGUGUUCCAACUACACACAAGCAAGAAUAAGGGAUGUUCUCUGGCACAGUGGUAGUCAGCGGGGAUGUACUCUCUUCCCGGGGCAGAGUGUCUUUCUCACUCCGUGGGUUUCCUUCCCGAAAGCCCCCACUCUUGUGCCCUUUGUCGUCCAAGGAAAUGGCCUUGAACUAGAGGAGGAAUCGUCAGUUUAUCUCCUCCUGGAAACAGAGACCGUCCCAACGAUGAAUGAGAACACCAUGCAGCUACUGAUUGAGGGCUACGGAGAGCCAAUUGCGUGGAAGGUGGACUCCCACAUUGCUGUGAUUCUCAAAUCGGACAUUAGGCGAUUUACCGAAAUUAUUAUGGCCUCUUUCAUGCAAGAUUGCCUCGUUAUCAAUGACAAUUUGCCUCUAACGCGCAUUCAAUCCAUAGCCGUCGAUGGGUCCCCGCAGCCGUUUGAUUUGGUGCGAAAUCACGCAAAGAAGGAAUUCAUUAGUCGUGCCAUGAGGAAUUUAUCGCCAAUACAGUGGGACAAGCAUUUAUCCGGACUUCGGAGUAUGGCAAUUCUCGCCCAGCAAGCGUCGGAGUAUGAGUACAAUAAGAAUCGGACUGAAGGGAAGAGUGGAAUUGUUCGACCUGACCUCAUUCCACCAACAAAGCCCCCAGAACCAAAUCUAGUCGCCAAAUCUCCAACGAAAUCCGAGGGGAGUACCUCUCCGAAGAUGCGAAUUGAUUCACUCUCCCUUGAAUCCGGGAGUGGAACGACAAAAGCCAAAACUAGUCCCAAAGUAUCACCACGAACAUCACCUAAAACUAGUCCCAUGAAGAAGAUUGAGGAAGUCGAUGAGACGCUCGUAUCACCUCCACCGUCAGCUCGGGUGCAGAAGACUCCCGAAGCUGGACCCAGUUCAGCAUCAGGCAGUAAGAAGCCUCUGCUGAAGCGAACAAAGGCAUCUCAGGGCGCUAAUUCGGCUGUAAUUAGCAAACCACCCAACAUUCUCGUCUACUCCGACUCAAACGUCACGCGGGACAAUGUGAUUCAUGCACUACAGGAUGUCCUGGAGGAGGACACCUACACCAUCUACCCACUGACUGCGAAUCAAGUGAAGCAUCGCAUUUGGAUGGAGAAUACAACACUUCUCGUUGUUUGCGGGAGUGUAGCUGAUGGUGUGGCUGCAACACUGCAGGAGUUCUUUCUCAACGGUGGCAAAAUGCUCUGUCUCUGCAGCGAUCUCAUCCACAUUGUUCUCCCCACGUACCGCACAGCAGAGGUGCGAGAGCAUGAGCUCGUACAAUUCUCCUACGGACGUUGGCGUCAAGUGAAGAUGAUGCAUCAUGUCUUCUGCUAUCAACCAUCACCCGUUAAGAAGCAUUUCUCACACGAUAGCGAUGAAGGAUCUGCUCCUCCAGCUUCGUCAGCUCCCACUGCCUCCACAUCGCAACCACUCAUAGUGUGUCCAAGGUCCGUGGAGGUACUCGAUGAAUCCGGGGCGAGUCACAGUGUGGAUGUAAAGGUUCUGGGUACAGAGGAGACCUGGCAGACACCAAGCUUGGUACUCGCUCACUAUGCAGCCAAUGGGGGUAAAGCUGUUUUCUCUCAGGUACACCUGGAGGUGGAUCCGAUGCAAUUUGAGAAUGAUGAAAAUAAAUUCCCCGUGUUGAAGCAGAGCAACAAGGCCAGAUUGGAGAUACUAAUGGAUUUGCUUGGGACGCAUUUGAGUGUUGUUGUGAGACGCCUCGAGGGGAUGCAGAAGCCAAUAAAGUACACAAAUGGCUUCUUCCUGGGGCACCAUGAGGCGAAAUUUGAGAUGCUGGAUAAACUAUCGACGCAAAUGGGUUCGAAGAAUACCUUCAAAGCAAGUAAUUUGACUUUGAAGUUUUGCGGCAAAAAUGACGAAGUUCCACCGGCUAGUUCUUCUCUUCUUCCAAUCCUCGUACAUUCCUGCCCCGAUAAUUUCUCCACCGUUGAUUACUUUGACACUCUAAAAACAGAAAAGGUUGGAAGGCUUGUGAUCUAUGUGCCAGUCGUAACGAGCUCCAUGAAUGUGGUCAGUGGAUUGAAUUUGGGACAUGGAGUCGUUGUGAUUCCGCGCCAUCAAACUCAGGGUGAGGGAAGGAAUGCAAAUCAGUGGUUGAGUCCCGAUGGAUGCCUCAUGUUCACUGUGCAACUCAACGUUCCCCUUGGCAGCCGUCUGGGCCAGAGGAUCCCACUAAUGCAGCAUCUAGUCGCUACUGCCAUGGUUAGCGCCAUUAAUUCCCUAGGCCAGGGAUAUGAGGACCUGGACAUUCGUCUAAAGUGGCCAAAUGAUAUUUAUGCAAAUGGUACAGUAAAGAUUGGGGGUUUGGUGGCUAAAUCCGUUGUGGAUACACACACAGCAAUCUGCAAUGUUGGAUGUGCUAUCAAUUUAGACAACUCCACUCCCACCAUCUGCCUCAAUGAUCUCAUCCGGGAACACAAUAAGCUUACGAAUGCAAAUCUCCCACUUCUUCACUAUGAGCACCUCCUUGCACGGAUUUUCAAUGAAAUAGAGCAUAUUUUCCGCCGAGUGCAGGAUGGUGCACACGGACUGGAGUACCUCAAUGAGCUGUACUACAAAUUCUGGUUGCACAGCGGUGUCGAAGUGGGAAUUGUGGAUGAGAAGGGAGACCACAGGAGUGCUAAAGUGAUGGGAAUUGAUGAGUAUGGAUAUCUAAGGGUGCAAACUGAGGGCAGACGAGCAGAAUCCGUUCAUCCAGAUGGCAAUAGCUUCGACAUGCUUAAAGGAUUAAUUCUGCCGAAGAAUCACUAAAGGUGCACGUAUUCCAGGUACUUAAUAUCGAUAUUAAUUUUAUGCUAUUGCGACGCUUUUCAUAUAAAUUCAUUAAAAAUUCAUUCCUUGGCAAUCGGAUAAAAAAAAUUAAAAAAUAAAGCCAAUUUAUUCUUGGAAUUUAUUCAUUUUGGUAUUCCACAUAUAAUUAAAUUAAAAUGAUAGUAGAUGCAAUUUAAAAUAAGAAUAUUUUAAAACAAAUUGUUUAUCUUGAUAAUAAUUAUUGUAUUAGAAAUACUUAAUUAUAAAGUAUUUAAUUAAAAUCAAAAAUAAGAAUUCUAUGAAGAUUAAUUUAAUCAUAAUGAUUUAUUAAUGGAUAUUUACCUGGCAGAAGUAUGUGGAAUAUCAAACAAGAAAUUUUUUGGCAAAUUAUAACCCAUUUUAGGGCGUGAUUAUCGCAUUAUCUAAGAUUAAAGUGAAUUUAAAAGGAAAUCGUUCUUUCGUGAAAAUUAAAAAGAAAAUGAUUAGGCAAGAAAAAAUUCCACGAAUUUAAAUUUACGAAUUGAAGCGUCUUUUACGAUCAUUAAAGCAAAUCUCAAUGUCUUCGUGUUGAACAUUUUAUCGCAUUAGUAAAUCUAUAUAACUAAAAAAAAAAAGAAAGGAAAAGUGAAAUAUCGAAAUUAUCGUGUCUAACUUAUUUUUCAUGUCAUUCUUGCCUCACUUGUGCAUUUAUUCCGUAUAUUGUAUAAUUUAUUUGUGAAUGAAGGAAUUUAUGGACUUUUAAUCCAAGCAUUUCAGAAUACAAGACCACCUAAAAGCAAAGAGAAUGAGUCUCACGUAUGAGAAAAUUUAAAGAUUGCUAACUGUUACCAUUUUAUUGUUGGAAAUGUGAAGAGUCUGAAAAUAAAGUCAAUAUAUAUGUUGAA